UGCUAUAGGGAGACAAAGGGAAAAUGGUGGUCUCCGCAGACAUUUUCAUCUCAACAGCUCAGAGGUUUCUCUGUUGUGGGAAGAAGAGACAAAUUCCUCAUUCAUCAUGUCUUGAUAUAGCUGUGCAAAUCAUUGCUGUUGAUCUGGGCCUUAAACCGGCUGUUCUGUACGACCUUAACGGCGCAUGUGCAGAACAGAUCCAGCGAUAUGUCAUCUCACUGCAGGAGGCUGGAGCACUGACCACAACACUCCAGAUAUUCUCCAUCAAUGGAAAUUGUCUUGUUAUGAACUCUAAUCUGAUGAAGGAACAUUUGAGUGAAGUGCUUAUGAAAAAGAGCCUCCUCGCUGUUGAUGUGUCUCCAAGGAUGGAGCAACCAUCUCUGAUUGUCAUGGAUAGCGGCACCAAACAAAUGGUCAAAGACAUGUUGGACUUUAUUACGGACAAAGAGGACCAGCAUCUGUCAGUCAGUGUGGUGGGAGAGGAGCUGUAUGACCGGUGGAACUUGUGCACACUUUUUGGGAUUCUCCUGGGCUAUCCUGCUUCAUAUUGGUUUAAUCAAGUGCAGAGCUUUGAGAACUGCCUGAGUAUGACCCCGCUGGUGGUAAAUAAGGUUUGGGUUUGCUGGCCAGUAUGUGAUACAAAGCACAGCAGUUGUCUUUACUCAUUCAGUGUCCCUGAAGUGUUGUGGGCAGAAGUCGAUACCUAUAUAAAAAACUGGGUGGAGCGCUUGAGAAGCCGAUUUUGCAAACAGACCAUUUUGACCGAACUCAGUAUUUCAAAGGAAACAGUCAUUUUGCCCACUGUAGCCCUGUGAGUGCUUGUGCUUUUAUAUGCCUGUAGUGCUCCAGAGCCUUCUUUAUGUUCACAACAGCCCUGAUGCCCUAUUAUACACACACACACACACACACACGCACACAUUAAAGCAGACUGGCAGCUGCAUUCAUGAUUUAGAUUUUUUUUUUUGUUAAAAAAAAACAAAAUCUUGGCCCAAAUCUUUUCCGAAGAUUUGGGCCAAGACGUGUCAUGUGAUGU